GUUGUUCGUAUAUCUUAAUUUUUAUAUACCCACUGACAUUCCACAGAUUUCUGCAGAGUUUCUUUCUUUUCUUUUUAUUUAUUUAUUUAAAUUUAAAUUUUUGGGUUUUAAGACCUUUUAUUUUAUUAUGAAUCUUGAACCCAUUUUCUUCUUUCACAUUUAUAACUGAACUACUUACCCAUCUGAUCUCGAGGUUUGUUUUUGCCCUCCAGUCAAAGUUGGGUUGCUCUUAUUUGAUGAUUUGAAUACUGGGUCUCUAGUGAUUUCACUAUUCCGUACAAUAAAAAGCAUUCUUUUUGCUUGAUGGGGGGUCGCUGGAGCUAAAAUAUAUUCUAUCUUCUGUAUAAUUGGUGGUGUUGGAUGGUUAUUGGGUGGAUUUGAAGCAAAGCUGGUAAAAUGAGAAGUCAAGUCAUCUUUUGAUUGUUUAAUGUUUGAGUUUGUUGAAAGAGCGGAUAAAUAUUCUUUGAUGAGAUAGAGCUACCGUCCAAGAUUUGGUGAUGGAGAAGAGGAAAUGGUUGUGGAAGAGGAAGUCCUCAGAGAGGAGCCCUGGGGAAACUGAGAGUUCAGGAUCAAUAUCUUCACUGUCUGAGAGAUUUUCUGAUGAGCAGGACAACCUGAAGGCAUCCCCAAAUAAUGAUACUCAAUCUCCUGAAGUCACAUCAAAAUCUACAGCCAGGGACGGAGAUGUCAAUGAUAGCAUUAAGAGUUUAACAGAGAAGUUAUCAGCGGCUCUUGUCAAUGUUAGUGCCAAAGAUGACUUAGUAAAGCAGCAUGCUAAAGUCGCUGAAGAAGCUGUAGCAGGCUGGGAAAAGGCUGAAAAUGAAGUAACAGCUCUAAAGAAACAACUUGAAGCUGCAAUUCAUCAGAACUCUUUGCUGGAUGAUCGGGUGAGCCAUCUUGAUGGGGCACUCAAGGAAUGUGUUAGGCAGUUAAGACAGGCAAGAGAGGAGCAGGAAGAAAAGGUCCAUGAAGCUGUGGCUAGGAAAAUGCUUGAAUGGGAAUCCACUAAAUCUGAAUUCGAGAGUCAACUUCUCGAGUUAAAGAUAAAAGCAGAGGCUGCGAACUCAGAAUCGACAUCUCAAAUCGUUCCAGAUUUAUGUCAUAAGCUUGAAUAUUUGGAGAAAGAUAAUGCUUCCCUGAAGCUUGAACUCCUAUCUCUAUCUGAGGAGUUAGAAGUCAGAACAAUUGAAAGAGACUUGAGUACCCAAGCAGCAGAAACAGCAAGCAAGCAGAAUUUGGAGAGCAUAAAGAAAGUGGCAAAGCUUGAGGCAGAGUGUCGGAGGCUAAAAGCCACAGCUUUCAAAUCAUCAUUACUUAACGAUCAUAAAACUUCUACUGCUUCUUCAAUGUAUGUUGAAUCUCUCACUGAUAGUCAAUCAGACAGUGGGGAGAGGCUUAUUGCAGUGGAGCUGGAUGCUUGCAAAAUGAGUUGCUCAGAGCCAUACAAAUGCGAGCCAAGUUGCUCAGAUUCAUGGGCAUCUGCAUUGAUCGCUGGGCUUGAUCAAUUCAAGAAUGAGAAAAAUGCUAAUAGAAAUCUCCCGUCCUCAUCCAUUGAAAUUGAUCUCAUGGAUGAUUUUCUUGAAAUGGAACGACUUGCUGCUUUACCUGAGACUAAAAGUGGAACUCUCAACUCUAAACCUGAAGCUGUUGCCAAACCAUCCACGGAUUCAGAAAGCUCAUUAAGAGCUGAGCUUGAGAUCAUGAUUAAUCGGACAGCUGAAUUGGAAGAGAAGCUACAGAAGAUGGAAGGAGAAAAACUUAAAUUGGAAGCGAAGCUACAGAAGAUGGAAGGAGAAAAACUUGAUUUGGAAGCAAACCUACAGAAGAUGGAAGAAGAGAAUCUUGAAUUGGAAGCUAACCUGCAGAAGAUGGAAGCAGAGUAUCUUGAAUUGGAAACAAACCUACAAAAGAUGGAAGGAGAAAAAUUUGAAUUGGAAGAGAAGUUAGAGAACAUACAAGUGGAGAGAACUGAAUUGGAGAUGACUCUCACCAUAAGUCAGGAGAAGAGCGAAGAAUUCCUAAUUCAACUCAGGGAGGCUGAACUAAGGUUGGAGAAACUGCAAAAGGAGUUAUCUAAGGCAAACGAAUCAAAGCAGCAAAUUGAAUCUCAACUUGUUCACAUGGAAGUUGAGGCUAGGACCAUGGCUUCGAAGGUUAACCUGUUAGAAGCAGAGGUUGAAAAAGAGAGAGUUCUGUCCGCAGAAACUGGAGUCAAGUGUAAGGCACUGGAAGAAGAGCUAUCUGAAAAGAAACUGGAAAUUGACCUCCAGAAAUCUGCAAGUUCAAAUAGUGAGCCGAAGAUAAAGCAGGAGGACCUAGAUGUAGCUGCUGGGAAGCUUGCUGAAUGCCAGAAAACCAUAGCAUCUCUGGGGAAGCAACUGAAAUCUCUAGCAACCCUAGAGGAUUUCUUAAUUGACACUGCGAGCAUACCGGAGUUCUCUGCUGGAGGAUCACUGAUACAUAGAGCUAGUGGAGAACCAUGGAAGUUACAUUCUAGUGAAACAUUUUCACCUAAAAGGGAUUCCAGCUCUUCAAGACUGGCAAGUGAGAAUUCUGGCCCUUCAGUACAUAAAAUUGAAGGGCGUUCACCACCAUCUUCAUCAUCAUCAUCAUCAACUUCAUCAGCCACAUUAAAUCACAUGAGUUCUGAUAAGAACCGAAAUGGGUUUGCAAAGUUUUUCUCGCGAAGCAAGGAUGGAAUACAACUAGAAAUUUAGCAAGGAUUUUUUACGUAGGAAAGUGGAAAAACAAACUAGUGAUGGUGAUUUUUCGAUUGUAAAGACCGUGAAUUUAUUGUAUGUUGAUUAAAUUCUAUUUAAUCAGCAGUGCUCAUUUCAAUUCAUUUCCUUAUACAAAAUGUAUGACUAAGAAUACUGCAUUCAAGCAAUUUUCAAAUGCUAUGAAUUUGGAUCCCUUGUUGGCA